CAAUUACCUUCAUCAAUGUAUAAUCACCGUUCAGAUGGUCGAUAGCUCGCCGUGUGUGAAUACCAAAAAAAGUAAAAUUUUCCAGAGAGCUCUGCACAGAGUGUGUAUAUACUGUGUGGAUUAAUAAAUAAAAAUAAAAAAAAAUCGUAAAAAUACCUCGCUAAAAGUACACCGAAAAAAAGUGAACAAUUGAAAUUGUACAACAAAAGAGCUAACAUUUUCGUGCAAUUUUUUCUAUUUUUAAUCUGCAUCCAAAAUGAGGAGGUAUUUACGGACAAUAUUUUUUGUGGUGUGCACUGUGAUAACCAGCGAGUGCAUUAAAUUGGACGAGAAAUAUGCUUGGCAGCAAUUGGAAUAUGCAUGGCCAUCAGAAGCUGUUAAACAGCAAGCCAUCCAAAGUGGCAAAUAUAAAAUCGAAGACAAUCUACCGCUCGGUUUGGAUGUAUGGAACGAUAAACUAUUCAUUACGGUGCCAAGAUGGAAGUCAGGUGUGGCAUCAUCAUUAAAUUAUGUAACAAUUUCCGAUGAAAAAUCUCCAAUUCUUCACCCAUAUCCUAGCUGGGAUGCAAAUACAUUACCCGACGAUGCACAACAUUCUGAUGCGGAAGCAACAGCUGGUGGACGAGCCAAUGCCCCGAAAGCAGUACAAUCAAAUGCUGGUCUAUCAAGAAACGAAACAAUUAUUUCAACAUUUCGUAUUAGAGUCGAUGAAUGUGAUAGAUUGUGGGUAAUGGAUACCGGUUUGGCUGAUAUUUUGGGAAAUCCAAUGCAGAUUACGCCGCCAGCUCUAGUAAUAUUUGAUUUAAAAACGGAUAAGUUGAUUCGACGUUAUACCUUUCCCGAAGCACAUAUUAAGGAGGACACAUUCUUCGCCAAUGUGAUUGUCGAUGUUGCAUCCAAAAGUGAAUGUAACAAUGCGUACGCUUAUGUCCCCGAUCUCGGUGCCUACGCACUUGUGGUGUAUUCUUUUGAGCAUGAUAAAUCGUGGCGAAUCAAACACAAUUUCUUCCAUUUCGAUCCACUUAACGGUGAAUACAACGUCGGUGGCGUAAAUUUCCAGUGGACCGAUGGAGUUUUUGGUUUGGGAUUGGGAACACGAACACCGGAUGGUUCCCGGCAGGUGUACUUCCAUGCUUUGUCCAGUACAAAGGAAUUUAAAGUGUCCAAUCGUGUGCUACAAAACGAAACGUAUUCAACCGGUACGGAUGCCUAUUUCGACUAUAAAUUAGUUGGUGACCGUGGUCCAAAUGGACAGGCAACGGCUGAAUUUUUCGACGACGAAUCGGGAGUGUUGUUUUACACUCAGGUGAAUAAAGACGCCAUUGGCUGUUGGAAUUCCAAGAAACCGUAUAAUCCGGACACACAGGGUUUGGUGGAUUCGGACAGUGACGCGCUGGUCUUUCCCAAUGAUUUGAAAGUGGAUGACAAUCGGAAUUUGUGGAUUCUUUCGGACCGAAUGCCAACGUUUCUGUUUCAGUCGUUGAAUCCGAAAGAGUUCAAUUAUCGCGUUUUGAAAGGUAAGAUCGAUGAUUUGAUCCGCGGUACACCUUGUUCUGCAUAGUUUAGAUUUAUGAUUCAUUUGUGGUGCACAUUUCUUGGGUCACCUGUAGGUUUUUUUUAAACAUUUUAUUUUGAUAAAAUAAACUUUUCCAGUUCUAGAACGUAA